AUGGACCUGGUUAUCACGCAGCAGCUGGUCCACGCCGAAAGUCAGCAAGAUGUCGCUUCCCUGAGAAAAGCGUACGAGCUGAUCAAAUCGGCCAACCUGGGAAAGUCGGCGUUCGACCCUUCCGAGAGCUUCAGCCCCGACCUGUUCGUCCUGUGCGCAGAGCAGGCACUGAAGAUGGGGCAGCGCGAUGUGAGCGAGAACUGCAUCGAGAUGUACUUCAGGGUCAAAGGCCCGGUCACCCAGUUUCUGGGUCGGGCACACCUGGUCCGAGCCCAGUUGUCGGCCCCGCAAUCCUCUGAGAACCUAGUGGAGUUCGAGAACUGUGUGACUCAGUACAUGAAGGCUAUAAACUUUGGGAAAGGAGAACCCAGGUAUUACUUUUUAGUUUAUAAUGCGUCAGUCCUCUACUGGCAAAUGGUGAGGCCGUUCCUCAAGCCUGGAUUCCGCCACCACCUCAUCUCCAGCCUCUCCCAAAUUGUCAACGUGUUAAACCAGACCAAGGAAGAGGACAAAGACUGGCGGGCGGAGCUGAUGCUAGAACUUCUUGAGUGUUACCUGGAUGCUGGGAAGAACGAAGACGCUGCUAAAUUCUGCUCCACUGCAGCGCCCUUCAUCAAAGCCCAUGUACCACACAAGUACCGGCAGAUAUUCUCUGUUAUGGUACGUCAUGAGUUAAUGGAAGAGUCUCAUCUACGAGAAGAAAUGAAGUCUUCAAUUAGCCUGUCCGCCUCUUUCUACAUUAAUAUGCUGAAAGCGAAACGGGAGAAAAGUGAUUUACCAGAAGAUGCCAGUACAAUUCUGAAGGCUGUCUAUAAGCGUCUGGGUUACUACGAUCAGCAGCGCUUACCUUCAAUCAGAGACGAAAAGGUUCUUCUACUCUUUGAGCUAGCGCGCCUUUCGUUGUCCUUGAAAUGCGAGGUGGUUGCUUCUGACUGCCUGUCAGACCUGAAGGAAAUCCAGAGUUUGGAUCCUGGGAAGCUGAUUGAAAUCGAAUGUCUUGAGUGUGAAUUUGAAGCUUUUAAACUUGAAAGUAAAAUGAAAGCCUAUACCCGGGCAGCUGUAGAGACUCAGCUGAGCAUUGUCCAGAGGCUGGAGAUUGCGCUGCAGCGCGCCGUGCGCCUGGGCGAACCCCGCAUCAUCCACGUGGUGUGCGCCACACAGUGGAACACCUGCCUCCCCCUGCUCCAGCACAACCUGCGCCACCACCUGCGGAAGGCCCUGACCAGCAUCUUGGAGGCCCUGGAGAAGGUGGACAGCCUGAUGGUGCUGCUGCGUUGUCAAGUGCACAUGGAGAUGGCCCACAUCGAGGAGGACCAGGACCGCCUGGAGCCCGCCCUGGAGCACCUGCAGAAGGCUGUGCACUUGGACUGCCUGGGCCUCUACCAGGACCAGCUCAGGAUGACCUCCAACCGCUUGCGCCUCUGCACGCUGCUCUACCAGUCACCUGAGCGAGCUGAGGACAAGGCCACCAUGGCCAUUGAGCAGGCAAAGAAGGCCAUGCCCAAGGACAGUGUGCGGAAGAAGCGGGCCCUCCUGGUGAACGCUGGCCUGGCCCUGGCGCCAGAUGCCUUCCAGAUUGUGCUGGACAGUGAGAAUGAAUCCAAAGUUUCCAUCGGGAAAAUCAGGAGCCGGUUUUCCGACCUGUUCGCCAAAGCUCGUCACUUUACCAUCAGUGUGGACAAAGCUGCCGGACACUUGCGGCGUUUGGGAAAUGAAAAUGACAAAGAGAGAAUACAGAUUUGGGGCGAGUUAGCCAAAGUGGCCCGGAAGCAAAGCGUCUGGGACGUGUGCCGAGCUGCCAGCCGUUUCUGCUUGCUGUAUGACAUCAAGGUCAAGAAGACGUCCAAGAUCAAACGAGGGAAGAGGAAGCGUGGCCUGGACAGCUCAAUGCAUGGCAGCUUGGGGCAGUUGGAACUCAUCCUUCAGCUGCAAGAGGCCCCCGACCUGCUACGGAGGUUCGCCGAGGUGGGCUUCAUCAAUGCCGAGGCCACUAUCCAUCUGCUGCAGUCUGAAGGGGUCCAGCUCAAUGACUGCCCCGUCCCCCCUGAAGACUUAAGUCAGCAUUCAGCUGGCUACACGGUCGCACCCAUGGAGAACUCGGAGUGGAUUGCAUACAGCUCCUGGAUCACGAGCCUGUCUCAGUAUGCCAUGAACAACUGGCUUCGCUCCGCCGAGAUUGGGCAGGAGAUUCACGAGGCCUGGAUUGUGCAGAACGCCACCGUUUAUAUGCUGAACCACAACUACCACCUCAUCGCUGCCGGCCGCCAGAGGGAGCUGGUUGAGGCUCUGGGCACACUCCUGAACAUUAUCAAGAAGUCUGGCCACAACGGGGAUCCUGUCACACUGUUGAUGCUCUGUAACGCUCUAGCUCGAGGCCUGAUUCUCAGCUGGGUCCCCACCCAGGCCUCAGAGAAGUCCAAGAAACCUGUGCGCGGGAACCUGCCCUACGCCACGCUGGACUCCAGUGCUGCCUCUGACAUCAAGACCGCGCUGGAGGUCUGUGAGUUUGCCCUGAACCUGACCGAUGGGACCGUGCCUGAGGACAUAGUGCCCACCAACAUCCGGCAGCAGCUCAUUGCCACCUGGGUGAAGGCCAAGCAGCUGAUGCAGCAGCAGAUUGGGCCCCGGCUGGGUGUGGAUGAGCAGAGCGCAGACGAGCAGAUCAGCUCCGUGACCAAGGUGCUUGUUGCCCUGGAGAUGUAUUCCUGCAACGGGCUGGGCCUCAUGGAGUUCAUCGUGCCUCCCCUGGCUCAGCUGGUGAAAAUGGCUUCUGAGUGUAACUGGUUGGACCCCCUGGUGGAGCUUCAGACCCUCACUCGGCUGACCUACUUUGCCUCCAUGGCCCACGACCAUGAAAUCACCAUGUCAUGUUCACAGAAGGCCAUCCAGAUGGGCAUUAGGUAUCUGAAGACAGCCAGACCGCCCGACGCUCGCUUCAUGGCGGAGACACUGAGCACAGCUGCCUGCAUCCAAGGUGACAGCAUCAUGGGAAACCUGAAGGGCCAGAAGCAGUUACGGCUGACGGCAGCGAGGUCCUUCAUGGAGAGCGCCAGGUUCGGGGGCAUCGCGGAAAACAGCACCCUGGUCCUGCUGGCCGCCAGACGCUACUGGAACACCUGCUUCCCGAUGCUGUCCUCUGGGGUCAUCCGGAGGAAGGUCAAGAGUGUGGUCCAGAGACUCAUCCGCAUCAUCAACCAGACUGAGAGCAAGAAGCAGGAGAAAGAGAGGACUCUGCUCUUGCAUCAGUGGCUGACAGCCGACUUUCAAAGCAGCGGGACGACCGAGGGCUACUUCCUCCCAGGGGCCGAGGACGACCUCACGCUGCGGGCUGCACUCUACGGCCUCCUCUUCCACUGCUAUGCUGACCACGACGACUGGGAGGGUGGUCUCAAGGUGCUGGACGAGGCUGUACAGGUGCUGCCACGGACGUCUCACCGCCUCUUGAUUUUCAAGCACAUGGUGAUUGUGAAGGCCAAACUGGGCCAGGACUUCUCUAUGGAAAUUCAGAAAUUCAAAGACGAGAGUGAGGACUAUCUAGCACACAUGUGGCACCGCCUGGCACUCAACUCCAAGAACGUCUACGGGGAGCUCAUGUGCUACCACAAGGCCAUCCAGGCCCUGCAGAAGCCCGAAAGCGAGUGGCAGAAGGUGGACUACAUCCUGGAGCUGGCCGAGUGGCUGCACUGUAAACAGUGGCUUCAGGAAGACGUGCUUUUCCACAUCGACUGGGCCAUCGACAUCCUGCUGUUCAUCCAGCCCCCAAGCAGCACCACACACUCACAAGGUGACGGGGCCCUGCCGGCUCCAGAGGAGCCAGACUGCUCCCAAGAGGCAGAGGAGACAGGGCUGGCAUCCCUGGAGAGCAUCCGGAACGUGAGGCAGCUGGACUCUCUCGCUCGCGCCCACAUCCUGCUGGCUCUAAUCUUGUCUCCGAGUUCGCCCCGUUUCCAGAACUCUUGCCUGACAGCCUACACCUUCGUCCAGCACAUCUGGCAGGGAGCUCUAGAUGUGGGCACCCGGGAAGACUGGGUGCUGGGUGUCCAGGGCAAAACCAAAGUUGGUUGCUCCAAUCCAGGGAAAGUGACCACUGUAUGGGGUCAGGAAUGUGGGGAGCAUGGGCCCUCAGUGCCCCCAAGAACAUGUCGUCCGGGGACCCGUGUCCUUCACCUGCUGGAGGAUUUGCCCACAAGCACGGAAGACUGGGCUUCCUACUCCUGCCCUGAAGAAAUUAUCUUGAUAUUUAAACAGGACAGGAGCAACUUUACCAUCAAUCCAUCGACCAUCCAGAAGCCUACAUACAGCUUAUAUUAUCUGGACCACCUGGUCAGUGCCCUCAAGGGCAUGUUUCUUCAUGAGCUUGCGAUUCCAGUCCUCCAGCUGGGCGUGGUCAUCGCACAUGCUGUGGUGGAAAGCAAGAGCCUGGCAGAUCUCUACCACCUCAGACUUGCCCAGCUGUGUUCCGACAUGGGCCUGAGAGAAGCAGCGACGUUCCACGAGGAAGUGGUUGGACAGACAUACAUCAACGAGGUGGAGCAAGCAAGCUGCAGGAAAGAAAUCAUCUUGAAGAAAGAGAAAAACAAGGAGCCUGUGCUGGAAGAAAGCCUGCAUGAGCGGCUGGGAGAGAUCAGACCCCCGGUGGCCCAGGACAAGAUUCUGAUGGUGGACAGAGAGACUCAGAAGGGCCUGGACGGAGAGUCCUUCCCCCUCCUGUGGACCCUGAAGGCCGAGGUGCUACUUCAGAUGGACCUGUACCAGCCCGCAAGGCUGCUCCUGGCAGAGGCAUGCCUGGCCUUUGAGGAGCUUGGUGAUCCUUGCGCAGAAUCGAAAUGCUUGCACCUUCUAGCUGUACUGGCAAACAAGGAAAUGAACUAUGGACAGGCUGAGAAAAUGAUUAAGAAGGCGCAGCAGCUGGGUGGGAAUGAGGCAUUCUGGUACCACUCCACCCUGACGCUGGCAGACACCAUCCUGGGCUUAGAAAACAAGAGACACGUGCUGGUGUGCCACCUGUUUCAGAAACUCAUCAAUACCUUCACAGUCUUCAAGAAGGAGCGGCCCAACAGGGCCCCUUGGUUAGAGUUCAUGAUCACGGACCUGGAAGCCAGGUGUGUCCAUCUGCAGAUCCAGCUCAUCCAGGAGUCUGCCCACACCCACAAUAAGGUCCCUGAGCAAUUGCUGAGCAAAAUGGAUGAGUGCUUGCAGGAAAUUGAGACAAAGUUCGUCAACUGUGGCCGUAAAGAGAAUUGUGUGGACAUAAAACAAGAGCGUACCAAACUGAAGAGGUUGAGCGCCCAGCAUGAGAAAGAUGCGGAGCAGAGAAUGGCCUAUUACCUGGAAGCCUGUGACUUGGCCCAGAGCGCCGUGACUGAAGAAGAGGAGCUAUUCCACAGUGUUCAGGACUUGCUGGGCCUUCAAGACGUAAGUGUGUGAAAGUUUCAUGGGUGUAUACAUACGUUACAUGUCUCGUGUGUCACACGUUCAUUUCAGGGGCAGGCCGUAAACACACCCCUGAUGAGGAAGCUGGCUCACCUCAAGCUUAACCUGGCCGAAAUGUCUCUGGACAUGCUUCAGCUGAUCUGGGAGGAGACUCUGCAGCAGGACUUAGAGCAGGGCUCCAUGGACAGGCUGCUGGCGGACUACCUGCAGGACAUACGAGACUACAGCCCUGUAGGCUUGAAAUGGUUCAUGCUGAAGCGGACCCUGGCCCACGCCACACUGGCCCAGCUGGGCAGUCUGCAGCCGCUCUGCACCGGCUGUGCUGAGAUGCAUGCCCGCAUGCUGGCCCUGACCGGGAGAGCCCUGCACCUGCUGACCGUGAAAGUGAACCCUGUGCAUCCCACCUUCUACUGGGAUGAGAGUCUCCAGGUGGGGGCCAAGCUGAGCAGCCUCAAGUCUCCAGAGGUGGAGGGAGAAGGAGGGGAUGUGGAGGAGUGGACCCGGGAGCCGCCAGCCUUCAGGGUGGUACCCGAGGGGCACAGCAAGAAAGGGGUCCACCUGAAGAAGAGGAUGGCACUGGCCCAGCGGUACCUAGCCCAGACAUCUGAGGUAUUGCUCCAGGGUCUGCGGGCAGCGCUGGGCGCUGGAGUCCUGGACUUGGCAGCAAACAUCAGCCUGGAGAUGGUGGAGUGUGUGGGCACCCUAGACCCAGCCACCAGCCUCCAGUUCCUGGCACUGUCUCAGAGCUGCUCAGCCUCAGGUAUGAUGAAGGAAGUCCUGCUGGCCGCCACGACCAACACCAGCAGCUCGCAGCUCGCAGCCCUGCUGCAGCUGCAACACCGGCUGAAGUCUCAGGGCAGGACCGACACCAGUCUGUUUGCCAGCGUGGAGCAGAGGUUGACCGCCACCUCCAAGGCUUGGCAGAAUCUAGCCGUAACGGAACAGCAUUUUAAUCUCCUGAACGACAUCCCGCCCAUGUUCCGGAUCCUCUUUCUGCACCACUCACAGGACAGGUCCCAUCUGUAUGGUGCCGCAUUCGAGAGACCCAAGCUCGUUCCUGCCCCCAAAGGAAAACAUGUAUCUGUCGGUGGCUGCUGCCACGUGGCGCGGGUGGCUGUGGACCCGGCCGCCCUUCCUCACCUGAUGUCCAGUGUGCAGCAAUUCCGGAGACAGUCCCUGGUGGAAGCCCACAGUGAGGACAUGGACCUGAACCCCAGCUCAGUGCCAGAAAAUGCUCAAAUUCAAGAGGAUGAAAAUUACCGAAAAAAAGUUGACAAAUUCAACAACAUCCUGAAGACCUCGGAGGAAUACCUGAAGCCACUCUUCCCACUGAUGGGUUCUCAUGAAACCAGAAUACAAGUUCCCACGCUCAUGGUGGAUUCGGGCAAAUACAAGGUCAAAGACAAAGAGAGGAAAGUAUCUCUGCCACCAGCUGCUACUGCCUCCGCUUCAGUUGCUUCUCCAGAGGCUGCGGACAACAUCAUCCUGAUUGCGGACCAGCAACUCCUGGAGCUACCACUGGAAGGUCUGUCCAUGUUCGAUGAGGGGUCAGUGUCCUCUGUGUCUCGAGACUUUUCUCUCCAGAUGCUGAUGAAUCGUCUUCACAAGGAGGAGACAGAAGGUGGUAUAAAAAAGGAGAGCACAGUCAAAGAAACCAAGAGAAACCUAGGCAAGAAGGGCAGGAAGGGAACCCUGACCAGGAUCCUGCCCCCAAACUGCAUUGUGGUGGACUCCGACAACUUCAAGUUCGUGGUGGAUCCCUAUGAGGAGGCACAGAGCAUCGAAAUGCUGACUCCUGUCUCCGUGACCCGGGAAAUUCUGGAACGAUUUCGAGACUCGUUCACUGCCCGCUGGGUCGGGCAUCUGGGGAAUAAGUACUUUCCGAGCCAGGCAGAAUGGGAGCAGGUCCUGGGCAGCUGCCAGGGUUUCUUCUUCUACGGGAUGGAGAACUUCCUGUCCCACAUCCUGGUGGAGAGACUGGUCGUCAUGGACUUACAUGAAUGUCAGCUGGUAGUGCUGUUGGACUCCACACAUUCCGUCGACAGCGUGAGGAGGCGUUCGGAGCUGGAGGAGACCAAGAGCGCCCUCCAGCUGUUCCUGGAAAAGCCUGUCCAGACCGCUGUCCUCCUGAGUCUGGUGGGCAUCGGGAGCAUCCUGGGGAACCAGUGGUCCACACUGCUGCAGGACAAUGCCAUUCGGGCCAGCGCCCUGUGGGAGAAUCUGCUAACGGUUGGAAAGACGGUGGGGAAAACAGUCCGUCUUAUCCAGAAGAUGGGAGUCAGCGACCCCGCCAUCCAAGAUGAGUUCGCUCAGGCCUCCAAAGACAUCCUGGUGUCCUUCUGGGGACAGCUUCAUCAACCAGAGCAACGCCUCGCUACCCUCAAUCUGGUGUUGUACGGGUUACCUCACCAAGCCAUCGGGUGA